CCGAGCUGUCAGUGAUCAGAUCAUCAUCAUGGCAGGGAUGGAGGUCGCACCGCUGAGACCGUGGGAUGAUUUUUACCCUGGCCUUGACCGAUUCUCCAAACCCGAUGUGAAAGAUUUAAGCAAAUGGAACAACAGAGUCAUCAGCAACCUGCUUUAUUUCCAGACGAAUUACUUUGCUGUCGCCAUCGUCGUAAUGCUGAUUGUCGGUUUCCUGAACCCGUUGGGCAUGUUUCUUGGCGGGGCCGUUGUGGCUCUGGUGUUCACCGGCUCUGUGUGGGCUGGAGAGAAUAAAGCCGUGAUCAAGAACUUCAAGAUGAAGAACCCCACCCUGUUCGUGGUGGGUGUGAUGGGAAUCAGCUACUUCCUGCUGUCCUUGUGUGGAGGAGUGAUGGUGUUCCUCUUCGGCAUCACAUUCCCAAUGCUCUUGAUCCUUAUCCACGCUUCUCUGAGGCUCCGCAGCAUAAAGAACAAGUUGGAGAACAAGAUUGAGGGUGUUGGCCUUAAGAAGACGCCCAUGGGAGUCAUACUGGAUCUCCUCGAUCAGCAAGAAGAAAAAAUCAACAAAAUUCAAGAUUUCUUGGAGAGCAAGCUGAAAGAUUGAGCAUGAAACACAUCAGUGUCAACCAUAUUCAGCCAGUUUCUUCUCAAGGUCUUUUUUUUUUG